AUGUCGAAAAAAAUCAGUCCGGAGUGAGUUCACUUUUUUUUUGAAUUGUAGAAGAGUUCUUAUCAAAAAGUUCCCAAAUUUUCCAGACAUCAAAAAUCGUUGUCUGAAAGAGUGACAGAAUGGCGAGCGAUGUGGAUUUCGAUUUCAAUGCAGUUUGUGAUGGGAAUUCAGAUGUCUGUAUAUUAUAUGUCAAUGUGGCCAUAUUUAUCGGGGGUAAGGAAAAAGGAAAGGAAAUCUGGAAAACAUUGAAGUAUAACAAUUUUCAGCUUGAUAAAACUGCGACAAUGGAUUUCUUGGGAUGGGUUGUAGCUGCUUGUAAUAUUGGUUGCACAAUUGUAAGUGAUUUUACAGAGAAAUGGAACCAUCAAUUUCAGCGCUUGUCUGAUCCCGCUUGAAUGUCGAUUUGAUGUAUUGAGAUCUAACAGCAAAUUUCUAAUCGAAAAAUCUUUCUGUGUCUCCCAGAAAUCGAAUUUUGGCACCAAAUAUUCCGUAUUCAUUUUCAAAAUGUUCCCAAGCUACUAAAAUAUCCUUACAAGAACACAAUUCUCUCCAUAUUUCGUACAUCAUCUUAUAAUUUUCCACCUGAUAAUUCUUUUAUCGAAACUGUUCCUUGAAAUUUGAUCUAUCGCUAUCAAUUCCUGGUCGCAAUAUAAACCUGAUUAAUCACAUCACAUUUUUUCUAUUACAGUCGAACCCAAUAUACGGUUAUUGGAAUCAAAAAACCAUGUCAUGCAAACAACCUGUUGUAUGCGGUCUGAUAAUCGCAUCAAUCGGUAAGUGAGUUCAAACAAACACAAGGCAAAAAAAUAGAUAAGACCUCCCUGGUUCAUAUAUACUCAUUUUUAACUCUAGGACAGGCAUGUUAUGGUGCGAUAAAUUUGAUUCACACAAAUGGAAAAUGGUAUAUGAUUGGUGCAAGAAUAAUAACUGGACUGGGAACUGGUAGUCUUUCUGCACUUCGAUCUUAUGCUGCGAUGGCUUCGGUGCCAAAAGAUCGGAUGAAAGCAGUGUCCUACGGAACUGCCGGAUUUGUUUGUGGAAUAUCAUUUGGUCCUGUUAUCUCGGCAGCUUUUACACCAUUGGGUGAAUCGGGUGUUCAUAUUUUAGGAAUAUUUAUUAAUAUGUAUACGGGUGCUGCUUAUUUAAUGUGUCUGAUUUGUAUCUGCGCAGCUAUUGUUAUGAUUAUAUUUUUCAAGGAGGAUUAUGCUGGAAUUGUUGAUGAAAAAUUGCACGAGAAAGAUGCGAUGUAUAUUGUGCCAAAAUAUGAUUUAUUGCCAGCACUGGUUUGUAUUUAUCUCUAUAUGAUUGUUAGUAUGCUAGCGACAAAUAUUGAAGUGUGAGUUUGAAUGUGCUAAGAGUUAUUUAGCCUAACCCUAGGGAUUUUUUGUGGUCUUAUUGGAAUUUUGCAGAAUGGCAACUCCAUUAACAACUGUUUUAUACGACUGGAAGGAUAGUCAAGCAAUUUUGUACAAUGGAAUAAUUGAAUCUAUCACAUGCCUGGUAUCAGUAGGUAUAAAUUUUACUAUCGGAUCAACUCGUAUUGGGAAAAUGUGAGCUCUUCAGUUGAUUAACUCAAACCUCAAAUAACUCAGCAAAAUUUUUAGGGACAAAAGAAAACAAAUCCUCUUUGGCAUCAUAAUCUUCACACUUUAUCACAUCGUCAAUUAUCCCUGGUGGUUCUAUUCUGGACCAUUGGAUUUUCUUCCUCCUGGCGCAAACACAACUCAAAUUGGAGGAUGUCUUCCUGAAUAUACGUGGUGUUCGACCACUACACGAGUCCCACUUCCAGUUUAUUUAUUCGCAUUCAUAAUUUUCUUUGGAGUGGCUUUUCCAUUUGUGGAAUCGCCUUCAGCUGCAUUAUAUUCCGAAAUUCUUGGACCAAGAAAUCAAGGAUUAAUGCAGGGAAUGUUAUCGUUUGGUGCAAGUGUUACACCAUUUGUUGCAUCGAUUUUGAUAACUUUCCUUUUUCAACACAGCGGAUAUCGUUAUGUUAUUGUUUUACAAUUGUGUACUUUGAGUAUAGGAGCAUUAUUGUUAUUGAUUUUUUAUCGACGAUUAGUUCCUUUGAAAUUGAUAGACAAGAAAUAAAUAUUUCGAUUCUUCAUUGAACGUUUUCUUUAUAGAAGAGUGAACAUAGGUUUUUUUGCAAAUAAGAACAACAAAAAGUUCGAAAUUGAAAAUAACAAAAAUAAAACUACAACACUACGCUCGCCUGUUGUUUAUCGUAAACCUACACACAAAAAUAUUUUAUUUAUUUCUUCCCAACUUUUCCCAUUUUCAAACUUUUUCAGCAUGCGGGCUCUAUACGGGAGUCGUUUAAUAUGUGCAGUUGUUCAAAGAAACACUAGAAAUUUCACCACAACUUGCCGAAUUCUUCAAAAAAGAUCCGAAAUCGUUGGACAAACCAAAAGAAGAGCACGCGUUGCAAAAGUCCAUUUUAGAAGAGGUUUUGAUUCACGAAAAAAGGAAGCCAACAACUUUCGGAGGAAAAGUGAGUCUUAUUUUGAAUUGAGUAUAUUUAUCGAGUUUUUGCAAAUGUUCCAGGUCGCAGAGAAAGCUUCCAACACAUUUUUAUACACCGCAGUGGUGGCUGGCGUCGGUUUGAUUGGUGCAUUUGUCUACGUUUUGGCUGGCGAAUUUUUCCGCGAGGAUAGCCCACAAACCAUUUUCAACCGUGCUUUGGAUAUAGUUCGUGAAGACGGUCGAUGCCAAGAUAUUUUCGGACCAACAAUCGCCGGUUUUGGCGAGGAAACCGCCCGCGGCCGACGCAGACACGUGGCACACCACAAAUACGAAAAAGACGGGCGACAACGUAUACGUGUGCUUUUCCACGUCAAAGGAGAUCGAGGUGAAGGAAUUGCGCAAGCUGAGAUGGAAAGACGGGAUGGUGAUUGGGAAUGGCGAUUCUUAUAUGUCGAGAAUAAGCAACGACCAAAAACUACACAUGUUUUGAUUGAUAAUCGAUAG